AGGCAUGCAUUCCCCCAAUUUUGCGGGCCCACCACCAAACGGGCGUUUGGUUGCCCGUGUUGCUAUUACGGCUCGGUUCGGUUACGGGGCUAUUACCUCCAUUGGCUGUAAUAGCCAUUCCGCUUGUGAUUCGACGAUUAGGGAUUCCGCCAUUGUUUCCUAUUUUCUAUUCAAAUUGUUGCCCUCAUCAAGCUUCCGUUCCAUCGAUUCUCCCACGUUUCCCUUCCAGAGGUACACUUCUACUACCGAUGGCAGUCGUAUUGGUUUAUAUGCAACCUACGCUACAAGUUUUCACUUCUUUAUGCAAAACUUCCUUGAAAGAUGUUGUUGGUUUUUGAAAUGACCAUGGGAGGUCUGCUAUUAACUAUGUUCUAUACAAGCACUGUUGAUACUCGGUUGGCAAUUAUGGCGUUGGCAUCUUGCUCAACUAUCUGUUCUAUUAUCACAUCAAAGACAAGGAAAGGUUAUAUGCAACCACUGUAUUCUGGGGACCAAAGUCCUUGGCUGCACCAGUCGAGGCAAAGAACACUGAUGCCAGGCUGUGCUGAAUUCGUAAGUCAGUCACCAAGAGUGGAUUCUAAAGAGAAGAUGUGGAAUAGUCCGGAGACUGCCCCAGCAUGGACUAACUCUCUUGUGAAAGGUUAUUAUGCUAAGCUUGGUGAAGGUGCUAUAGAUCAUCAAGAUUACUAUUCAACCUUUCACAAGACAAACCUCCAGAAGAAAUUCACGGAGCAAGAAUGGGAAGAUUUCAGUCAGGAAUCUACCCGGAAAGCGAUGGUGGAACUGGCAGCUUCUUCGGAAUUCACAGAUUGGAUGAUUGAGCAUGCUGACAGGAUAAAACUCCUUCCACGUGAUGAUAUUUCAGAUGAAUCAGUGGGAAGUAAAUCAAGUUCAGACGAUGAAGAUGAAGAAAGCCACAGCUGGUUCAAAUUAUUUUAACUUAUAGGAACUGGGUAGAAAAUCAGAAUUGUUCAUGAAGUAUGCGUGUUUGACGUAGGGACGGAUGCAUGAUCUGCGAAAAUUUAGAAAAAUUGAACAUAGUCAUGCCAGUAAUAUAUUAUCUGAUACUUCCAUA